AUGAAUUACGAAAAAAUAAUCGUGAAUUAUGUGAUAUAUUUAAUGAAAUUGCUGAAAAAAUAUCAGGAAUGCCAGAGACAACUCAAGAAGUUGUUGAUUUAUUUAAUUAUUUAAUUGACAGUCGUGAUAAUACAAUGUUUAAUUUACGUAGUAAAUUAUCACGUUGUGCUGAGUUAAUAUUAUUUUUAUUUAAUUAUGAUCCACCAAAUGAUGAUGAUAUUAAUUUUAAUACACGUACAUUAACUUGGCCAAAAGAAAUGGAAGUUGUUAUGGAACUAGCAACAACAAGAUUAAAUAUGAGAAAAGAAUUUGUUGAGGGUGUACUUCAUAUACGUAAAGAUAAUUUUAAUCAACGUAUUUAUAGAAUGCAAUUAGCACUUGAUCAAUUUUGUAAAAAAGAUCCACCAGUACUUACUUAUGAAGAAAUGGAACAAGCAACAAAAGAAAUUGAUCAAUUAUCAGCAAUGAUGAUAGAAAUAAAAAAUGAAUCAUUACAAAUUAAUCAAGAAGAAGUAUUAUUAGAUAUUGAAAAAACUUCAUAUUUAACAAUAAAUGAUAUGUCAAUAACUGUUGAUACAUUUGAUAAAUUAUGGCAUACUGUAUUUAAUUUUCAUAAUAAUUAUGAAAAAUGGUAUUAUGGUUCAUUUGCUAAUCUUAAUGCUGAUGAAAUACGUGAAGAAAUUGAUAAUUCAUGGAAAAUAUUAUAUAAACUUGGUCGUAGUUUAACUGAUACACCUGGUGCACGUAGAAUUGCUGAAAUGAUACGUGGUAAAAUUGAACAAUUUAAAAGUUUAAUACCAGUAUUACAAACAAUAUGUAAUCCAGGUUUACAAUUGAGACAUUGGAAACAAAUAAGUACAAUUGUAGGUAAAGAUAUUAUACCAAAUAAACAAACUUGUUUAUCUGAUAUGAUUGAUUAUGAUUUACAAUCAUAUAUUAAUAAACUUGAAGAAAUAUCAUCAUCAGCAACAAAAGAACAUAGUCUUGAAAAAAAUUUAAAAAAAAUGAAAAAUGAAUGGGAAGAUAUAUUAUUUGAAUUAACACCAUAUCGUGAAACUGGUGUUGAAAUAUUAUCAGCUGUUGAUGAUAUACAAAUGUUACUUGAUGAUCAUAUAUUAAAAGCCCAAACAAUGCGUGGUUCACCAUUUGUUAAAGCAUUUGAAAAUGAAAUGGAAAAUUGGGAAUUAAAAUUAAUAUCAAUGCAAGAUAUUAUUGAUCAAUGGUUAAUUUGUCAAGCAACAUGGAUGUAUCUUGAGCCAAUAUUUAGUAGUGAAGAUAUUAUGAGACAAAUGCCAACAGAAGCUAAAAAUUUUCGUCGUGUUGAUAAAAUUUGGCGUUCAUUAAUGUUAGAAGUUAGUAAAAAUAAAAAAGUUACAAUUGCAACAUCAAUUACCAAUAUGUUAACACAAUUAAAACAUUGUAAUAAAUUAUUAGAAGAAAUACAAAAAGGUUUAAAUGAUUAUCUUGAAAAAAAACGUUUAUAUUUUCCACGUUUUUUUUUUUUAUCAAAUGAUGAAUUAUUAGAAAUAUUAUCUGAAACAAAAGAUCCAAAACGUGUACAGCCACAUUUAAAAAAAUGUUUUGAAGGUAUAAGUAAAUUAAAAUUUACAAAAGAAGAAGAAAUAAUUGGUAUGUUAUCUGAUGAAAAUGAAUAUGUACCAAUGAGUGGAAAAAUAUAUCCAUCUGAUGCAAAAGCAAUUAGAGAAGAAUGGAUAUUAUCAUGGCCAGGACAAAUUGUAUUAUGUAGUAGUCAAAUACAUUGGACAAGUCAAGUUAUUGAAAGUUUUGAUGAAUCAUCAACAAAAAAUUAUCUUGAUAAAUGUAAUAAACAAAUUGACAAUACAGUUGAACUUGUACGUGGUAAAUUAGAAUCAGGCACAAGAUUAACAUUAAAUGCAUUAAUUGUUAUUGAUGUACAUGCACGAGAUAUUGUUAAAAUGCUUGUUGAACAUGAUGUUAUUGAUGCUGGUGAUUUUAAUUGGAUAUGUCAAUUACGUUAUUAUUGGAUUGAUGGUACAAUAAGUGUAGCAAUGAUAACAACUCAGGUAUCUUAUGGUUUUGAAUAUUUAGGUAAUACACCAAGACUUGUUAUAACACCAUUAACUGAUAGAUGUUAUAGAACAUUAAUGGGUGCAUUAAGAUUAAAUCUUGGUGGUGCACCAGAAGGACCAGCUGGUACUGGAAAAACAGAAACAUCAAAAGAUCUUGCAAAAGCUGUUGCAAAACAAUGUGUUGUAUUUAAUUGUUCUGAAGGUUUAGAUUAUAAAGCAAUGGGUAAAUUUUUUAAAGGACUUGCACAAUCAGGUGCAUGGGCAUGUUUUGAUGAAUUUAAUAGAAUUGAACUUGAAGUAUUAUCUGUUAUUGCACAACAAAUACAUACAAUACAAAUGGCAAUAUCAAUGAAGCUAGAACGUUUUAUAUUUGAAGGUACUGAAUUAAAAUUAAAUCCAACAUGUAAUAUAUUUAUAACAAUGAAUCCUGGUUAUGCUGGUAGACAAGAAUUACCAGAUAAUUUAAAAGUAUUAUUUAGAACAGUUGCAAUGAUGGUACCAGAUUAUGGUAUGAUUGGUGAAAUAACAUUAUAUUCAUAUGGUUUUAUUGAUGCAAGAAGUCUUGCUGAAAAAAUUGUACAUACAUAUAAAUUAUGUUCUGAACAAUUAAGCUCACAAAGUCAUUAUGAUUAUGGUAUGAGAGCUGUUAAAACAGUAUUAAUAGCUGCUGGUAAUUUAAAACUUAAAUAUCCAAUUGAAAAUGAAUCAAUAUUAGUAUUACGUGCAAUUGUUGAUGUUAAUUUACCAAAAUUUCUUGCACAAGAUGUACCAUUAUUUUGUGGUAUAUAUAGUGAUUUAUUUCCUGAUAUUAUAUUACCAAAACCUGAUAGAGAUGAAUUAAUUGAAUUAUUAAAAAUUAAUUUAAAUAAUAAAAGAAAUCUUCAAGCAACUGAUUGGUAUAUUGAUAAAAUAAUACAAAUUUAUGAAAUGAUAUUAGUAAGACAUGGUCUUAUGAUUGUUGGUGAUACACUUGGUGGUAAAACACAAGCAUAUCAAUCACUUGCUGAUGCACUUGGUGAUUUAUCAACAAAAAGAAAAACAACAUUUAAUGAAUAUCGUACAAUAUAUAGAAUUAUUAAUCCAAAAGCAAUAUCAAUGGGUAUUUUAUAUGGUAGUUUUGAUCCAGUAUCACAUGAAUGGAGUGAUGGUAUAUUAGCAAAUACAUUUAGAGAAUAUGCACAAUCAAUGAGUAUUGAAAGAAAAUGGAUUAUAUUUGAUGGACCAGUUGAUGCAGUAUGGAUUGAAAAUAUGAAUACUGUACUUGAUGAUAAUAAAAAAUUAUGUUUAAUGUCUGGUGAAAUAAUAAGUAUGUCAAUAAAAAUGAAUAUGAUAUUUGAACCAGCUGAUUUAGAUCAAGCAUCACCAGCAACUGUUAGUAGAUGUGGAAUGAUUUAUAUGGAACCAUCACAACUUGGCUGGAAGCCAAUAUUUGAAUCAUAUAAAAAAGAACUUCAAGAUAAAAUUAUUGUUGAACAAUUUGAACUUGUUGUUGAAAUUAUUGAAUGGCUAACACCAUCAAUUUUAUUAUUUAUCAAAACACAUUGUAAAACUUUUAUUGAUACAUCUGAACUUCACAUGUUUUUGUCAUUUACAAGAAUGUUAAGUGCUAUGCUUGAGAAUGAAACUCAAAUAAGUACAAUAUGGCUUCAGUGUACUUUACUUUUUAGUAUAAUUUGGGGUUUUUCAUCGAAUCUUGUGAGUGAUAGUAAAAAAUCAUUUGAUGUUUAUUUUAGAAAAUUAUUAUCUGGUAUUGAUGAUGAUAUAGAAAAGCCAAAAGGUUUUAAAUUAUCAAAACAACAAAUGAUUCCUGAUCGUGGAACUAUAUAUGAAUGGAUUUAUGAUAAAAAAAAUAAUGGAACAUGGAUAUCAUGGAGUGAAACAGCACCAACAAUAACAAUACCAACAAAUGCAAAAGUUAAUAAUUUAAUUAUUCAAACAAAUGAAGUAUUAAUGCAAAGAUAUUUUAUUGAAAAAUUAUUAUUAAAUAAAUCAAUACCAAUAUUAUUUGUUGGUCCAACUGGAACUGGAAAAUCUUCAAUUGUUAUUGAUUAUUUAAUAAAUUUAACAAAAGAAAAAUAUACACAAAAUAUAAUUAAUUUUAGUGCAAGAACAAGUGCAUCACAAACACAAGAAAUUGUUAUGUCAAAAUUAGAUCGUCGUAGAAAAGGUGUAUAUGGUCCAACAAUGGGUAAAAAAUGUAUAUUAUUUGUUGAUGAUUUAAGUAUGCCACAAAAAGAAAUAUAUGGUUCACAACCACCAAUUGAAUUAUUACGUCAAUGGAUUGAUCAUGGUUAUUGGUUUGAUCCAAAAGAUACAACAACACUUUAUCUUGUUGAUAUGUUUAUGAUUGGUGCAAUGAGUCCACCAGGUGGUGGUUCAAAUAUUGUAACAUCAAGAUUAACAAGACACAUGCAUAUUAUUGGUAUUGAUGAAUUUGAAGAUACAACAAUGACUAAAAUAUUUACUACAAUUCUUGAUUGGCAUUUUUCAAAAGGUUUUGAUUCAUCAAUAUCUCGUUUAAGUAAAAUGAUUGUAACAGCAACAAUGAAUGUAUUUCAUAAUGCAAUUAAAAAUUUUCUUCCAAUACCAGCUAAAAGUCAUUAUACAUUUAAUUUACGUGAUUUUAGUCGUGUUAUAAAUGGUAUUGUAUUAGUACCAUCAACAAGAAUACAUGAACCUGAUAAAAUUAUUAAACUUUGGAUACAUGAAGUGUAUAGAGUAUUUCAUGAUCGUUUAAUUGAUGAUUAUGAUAAAGAAAUAUUAUUUAAUAUUGUUAAAAAUAUUGUUUAUGAUGAUUUACGUCAACCAAUUGAUAAAGUAUUAUCAGAAUUAUUAAAAAAUGAUGAAAAAACAAUAACAAGUAAUCAUAUACGUGAAUUAUUUUUUGGUAUGUAUAUGGAACCAGAUGCUGAUCCAAAAAUAUAUGAUGAAAUAAAUGAUUUAAAUGAGCUAGAAGAAAAAAUGAAUUUUUAUCUUACUGAAUAUAAUAUGAUAUCAAAAACACCAAUGAAUCUUGUACUAUUUAAAUAUGCCAUUGAACAUAUAUCAAGAAUAUCAAGAAUAUUAAUGCAAGAUAAUGGUAAUGCAUUGCUUGUUGGUGUUGGUGGUUCUGGUAGAAAUUCAUGCUCAAAAUUAGCAACAUAUAUAUGUGAAUAUGCAUUACAUCAAGUUGAAAUAACACGUACAUAUGGACCAAAUGAAUGGCGUGAAGAUUUAAAAAAAUUAUUAUUAAAAAUUGGAUGUGAUGGUAAAUCAACAGUAUUUUUAUUUGCUGAUAAUCAAAUAAAAGAUGAAUCAUUUGUUGAAGAUAUUAGUAUGAUACUUAAUACUGGUGAUGUACCAAAUAUUUAUGGUAGUGAAGAUAAAGCUGAAAUAUUAGAUAAAAUGACAAAUUCAAUACGUGAUAAUGAUGAUAAUAAAAAAAUUGAAUCAACACCAAUGACAUUAUAUAAUUUAUUUAUUGAACGUAUUAAAAAAUAUCUUCAUAUUAUUAUGACAAUGUCACCAAUUGGUGAUGCAUUUCGUAAUCGUAUUAGAAUGUUUCCAUCAUUAAUUAAUUGUUGUACAAUUGAUUGGUAUAUGCCAUGGCCAUCUGAUGCACUUGAAAAAGUUGCAACAAUAUCACUUAAAAAUCUUAAUAUUAAUGAUUUAUUAAAAGAAAAAUGUGUCGUUAUUUGUAAAAGUUUUCAUGUUAGUGUACAAAAAUCAAGUGAUGAUUAUUAUCGUAUUAAAGGAAGAAAAAAUUAUGUAACACCAACAAGUUUUUUACAAUUAAUAAAAUCAUUAUAUAUAUUAUAUGGUAAAAAAGUUGAACAAAUAACAUCACAACAAAAUCGUUAUGAAAUUGGUUUAGAAAAAUUAGAUUUUGCUGCUGGACAAGUUGCACUUAUGCAAAAUGAAUUACAUGCAUUACAACCAAAAUUAGUUGCACAAUCACAAUUAAGUGAUAAAUUAAUGAUUAAAAUUGAACAAGAUACAGUUAAUGUUGAAGCUAAAAAAGAAGUUGUUGCUGCUGAUGAAGCAUUAGCAAAUGAAGCUGCUGCAGCAGCACAAGCAAUUAAAGAUGAUUGUGAAAGUGAUCUUGCAGAAGCAACACCAGCUCUUGAAGCAGCUCUAUCAGCUCUUGAUACACUUAAACCAGCUGAUAUUACAAUUAUUAAAUCAAUGAAAAGUCCACCUGGUGGUGUACGUCUUGUUAUGGAAGCUGUUUGUGUACUUAAAGGUGUUAAACCAGAACGUGGACAAGAUCCAGCUGGUCAAAUUAUUGAUGAUUAUUGGCCAGCAUCAAUUAAAGUACUUGGUGAUAUGAAAUUUUUAGAAAGUUUAAAAACAUUUGAUAAAGAUAAUAUACCACCAUUAUAUAUGAAAAAAAUACGUGAUAAAUUUAUGAAUGACAGAAGUUUUCAGCCUGAUGUAAUUAAAAAAGUAUCAACUGCUUGUGAAGGUUUAUGUAAAUGGGUACGUGCUAUGGAAGUUUAUGAUAGAGUUAUUAAAGUUGUUGCACCAAAAAAAUCAAUGUUAGCUGAAGCUGAAGGUGAACUUGCAAUACAAAUGGAAACAUUAACAGCUAAAAGAAAUUUAUUACAAGAAGUAUCAGAUAAAUUACAAACACUUAAUGAUGAAUUUGCUGAAUGUAUGAGAGAAAAAAAAAAACUUGAAGAUCAAAUUGAUCAUUGUAAACAAAAAUUAGAUAGAGCUGAAAAAUUACUCGGUGGUUUAGGUGGUGAAAAAACAAGAUGGAGUGAAACAGCUAAAAAUCUUGGUUCAAGUUUAAAUAAUAUUAUUGGUGAUGUAUUAAUUGGUUCUGGUAUUGUUGCAUAUCUUGGUGCAUUUACUGUUGAAUUUAGAAAUAAUUUAAUUAAUGAAUGGCAUAUUGAAUGUAAAAAUAUUAAUAUACCAUGUAGUAAUAAUUUUUCAUUAGCUGAAAUACUUGGUGAACCAAUUGAAAUAAGAGCAUGGAUGAUUAAUGGUUUACCAGCUGAUAAUUUUUCUAUUGAAAAUGGUAUUAUUGUUAAAAAUUCUGAACGUUGGCCAUUAAUGAUUGAUCCACAAGGACAAGCAAAUAAAUGGAUUAAAAAUAUGGAAAAACAAAAUAAAUUAAGUGUUAUUAAAUUAACUGAUCAUAAUUAUGUUAGAAUUAUUGAAAAUGCUGUACAACUUGGUAUGCCAGUAUUAAUGGAAAAUAUAUUACAAGAACUUGAUGCAAUACUUGAGCCAAUAUUAAUUAAAAAUAUUUAUAAACAACAAGGUGUUAAUUAUAUAAAAUUUGGUGAAAAUAUAUUAGAAUAUAAUGAAAAUUUUCGUUUUUAUAUAACAACAAGACUUCGUAAUCCUCAUUAUUUACCAGAAAUAUCAGUUAAAGUAACAUUAUUAAAUUUUAUGAUAACACCACAAGGUUUACAAGAUCAAUUACUUGGUAUUGUUGUUGCUAAAGAUUUACCAAUACUUGAAGAAAAAAAAAAUCAAUUAAUUAUUGAAGGUGCUAAUAAUAAAAAAAUUCUUAAAGAAAUUGAAGAUAAAAUACUUGAAGUAUUAUCAUCAUCUGAAGGUAAUAUAUUAGAAGAUGAAACAGCAAUUAAAAUAUUAUCAUCAUCAAAAUUAUUAUCUGAAGAUAUACAAGCAAAACAAAAAAUAGCUAUUAAUACAACAAUUGAAAUUGAUAAUGCUAGAAAUUGUUAUAAACCAGUAUCACAUCAUGGUGCUGUGCUAUUUUUUUGUAUAACUGAAUUAGCAAAUAUUGAUCCAAUGUAUCAAUAUUCACUUUCUUGGUUUAUAAAUCUUUAUACAAUGGCUAUUGUAAAUAGUAAAAAAACUGAUAUACUUGAACAAAGAAUUGAUAAUUUAAAUUCAAUAUUUACUAAAAGUAUUUAUCGUAAUGUUUGUCGUUCAUUAUUUGAAAAAGAUAAAUUAAUAUUUUCAUUAGUAUUAACAAUUGGAAUAUUAAGAUCAAAAAAUAAAAUACAAGAAGAUUUAUGGUCAUUUUUAUUAACUGGUGGUAUUGCAUUAGAAAAUCCAUAUAAAAAUCCAGAUUCAAAGUGGAUUACAGAUAAAUCUUGGUCAGAAAUUGUUAGAGUUACAUCAUUAACUGGUUUAUCUGAGCUUAAAAAUUCGAUUGAAAAUAAUACAGCUGAAUGGAAAGAAUAUUAUGAUUUAGCAAAUCCACAAGAUAAUAAAUUUCCAUAUCCAUUUGAUAAUAUUGAUUCAAGUGACUUAAAAAGACUUGUUAUUUUACGUUGUAUUAGACCAGAUAAACUUGUUUCAUCAGUACAAUUAUUUAUAUGUGAAAAUAUGGGACAAGUAUUUAUUGAACCACCACCAUUUGAUCUUCAAGCAUCAUAUGAUGAUUCAACAAAUAUUUCACCACUUGUAUUUAUAUUAUCACCAGGUUCAGAUCCAAUGGCUGGUUUAAUAAAAUUUGCUGAAACACAUGGAAUUAUUAAAAAAAAUUUAUUAACAAUAUCACUUGGACAAGGACAAGGACCAUUAGCUGCAACAAUGAUUAAUCGUGCAAUUAUUAGUGGUGAAUGGAUUGUAUUACAAAAUUGUCAUCUUGCUGAAUCAUGGAUGAAAGAACUUGAUAGAAUUUGUGAUGAAAUAAUAAUACCAGAAAAUACAAAUAAAAAAUUUCGUAUAUGGUUAACAUCUUAUCCAUCAAAAACAUUUCCAGUAUCAAUAUUACAAAAUGGCGUUAAAAUGACAAAUGAACCACCAAAAGGAUUAAAACAAAAUUUAUUAAGAAGUUAUUUAAAUGAUCCAAUAUCUGAUGUUAAAUUUUAUAAUGAAUGUUCUAAAGUAAAAGAAUGGAGAUGUUUAUUAUUUUCAUUAUGUUUUUUUCAUGCUGUUGUACAAGAAAGAAGAAAAUUUGGAUCACUUGGUUGGAAUAUACCAUAUGAAUUUAAUGAAUCUGAUUUACGUAUAAGUGUAUUACAACUACAAAUGUUUUUAAAUGAAUAUAAUGAUGUACCAUUUGAUGCAUUAUUAUAUUUAACUGGUGAAUGUAAUUAUGGUGGACGUGUUACUGAUGAUAAAGAUAGACGUUUAUUAAAUUCAUUAUUAAAAAAUUAUUACAAUGAACAAGUUAUUAAUAAUAAUGAUUAUAUAUUUUCACCAAGUGGAGAUUAUAAAAUGCCAGAUGAUACUGAUUAUGAUGGUUGUUUAAAAUAUAUUAAAACAUUACCAAUUAAUCAAUUACCAGAAGUUUAUGGUUUACAUGAAAAUGCUGAUAUAACUAAAGACAACAAUGAAUCAAUGCAGCUAUUAGCUGGUGUUUUAUUAACACAAACACAAAUAAGUAUUGGUGGUGGUGAAGGAGAAGAUGAUAAUGAAGUUAUGGUAUCAAAACUUGCUGCUGAUAUACUUACAAGAAUACCAGAACAAUUUAACAUUACUUAUGUAUCAGAAAAAUAUCCAGUACUUUAUAUGAAUAGUAUGAAUACAGUAUUGAGACAAGAAUUAAUUAGAUUUAAUAAACUUAUUAAUAUUAUUAAAAGUAGUCUUAAAAAUAUACAAAAAGCUAUUAAAGGACAAGUUGUUAUGUCAACAUCACUUGAAGAAGUUUAUACAAGUAUGAGUAUUGGAAAAGUACCAAAUGUAUGGGAUAAAAAAUCAUAUCCAUCAUUAAAACCACUUGGUAGUUAUAUCAAUGAUUUAUUAUUAAGAAUUGAUUUUUUUCAAAAAUGGAUUGAUCAUGAUACACCAAUUGUAUAUUGGAUAUCUGGAUUUUUUUUUACACAAUCAUUUUUAACUGGAGUAUUACAAAAUUAUGCAAGACAACAUAAAAUUCCAAUUGAUCAUUUAGAUUUUGAAUUUGAAAUAAGUCAUGAGAUUGAAACUACUCAUGCUCCUUCAUAUGGAGUUUUAACUGAAGGAUUAUUUUUAGAAGGAGCAAGAUGGAAUAAAGAAAUUGGAGAACUUGAUGAAUCAUUACCAAAAAUAAUGUUUGAUUAUUUACCAAUAAUAUGGCUUAAACCAGGUGUUAAAGCAAGUUUUAUUAUUCCACCAUGUUAUGCAUGUCCAGUUUAUAAAACAAGUGCAAGAAGAGGUGUCCUAGCAACAACUGGACAUUCAUCAAAUUUUGUUAUGUAUAUUUUAUUUUUAACAAAAAUUAAAGAUGAUCAUUGGAUCAACAGAGGUGUUGCCUGUUUGACUCAACUUGAUGAUUAAUAAAUAUUAUUAAUUUA